AAAAAAUGCAACCAAGGACUUUUCACACUCUCAAAGAAAUUUCGCAUCGCACGCUGUCAUCCCACCUUUUAAUGAAGAUUGAAGAUGGCAUGUGAAUGGCACGCUCGUUACGAACUGCAUGUGUUCGACAACCAUGGCGUACGGCAUCAUUACGGCUCUACAUUCACUGUGUUGCGAAUGACGUGGUUAUUUUUUUGAUUCUUUGCGAUAUUUGCACCUUCCUUUGGCACUCGCUGCCUGUGACUUCUUCCUCCACAACACGUUCAUGCCCAUCACUACCUUACUCUUCAUUCCCUCCUUCUCUCCUCUUCUCAUCUUUCUUUUUGCCCCUGUCUAUAAUUGGAUUCUAUUUUCAGGCUGCUAUAAGUGUCUGUGUCUCUUGUGUUUGUGUCUCGCACCCCAUUUUCUGUCUCUCCUCCACCGUCACCCUCUGCUCUUAUCGCUCCCAUCACUCUCUCCAUCUUUCUGUCUCGGUGUGAAGCCCCCUUCUGGUUCUCUGGUUCACCUUCUUUUCUUGAUUCCUUUCCACAAACUGUUUUAGUUCUGCAAAACCUUCCAUUGCCCCUUUUUACCCAUUUGUUUCUGGUUGUUACAUUAUAUGACUAUCACACUAAAAGCCUUUUGCAAAAUUGCGUUAGGCGAAGUAAUGCAAAGCAGAGUAAACUGCACCUAACCGAUGCGAGGAGCUCUCACAUGACCUAAUUCUGGUAGUCUGGGUUACACAGCGAUCUGAGUGAGAGGAGGAUAUAUUUAGUCCGGAGAAGCAAAACAUAAAAAAUAUGAUGAAAGCUACUGUAGAGACGGAACGCAGGAAAAGAUUUAUGCAAAAACAAGAAACACCAGCUUGUAAAAUACAGAAUCUGCCUCGUAUUUUCAUGUUGCUGGGAGAUUUUAAAAGUGGCCGUGAGCCAAUUAAGCAGCAUUUAUGGAGGGGAGGAGUGUAGAGUGACAGGCUGACAGAGGGAGGGAAUCACACUGUAGAACUUGGUUGGCUGUUGGGAUGUCUCUGGAGGUGCAGCACGUAUUUAAAAGACGAAAAUGACUUAGACAGAAAGGAGAGGCUGUCAGACAUGACAAAACUGGACUGACGGCUGGAAGAAAUGGGGAUCUCUCAUCAGUCCAAAAAACCGUCGUCAGAGAGGUCCGGAAGCUGCAGAGCCGCCGCCCACACGCCUCGUCGCUGUCACGUGGCGCCGAACCGCUCCACGCCGGUGCGGACGGUGCACAUCCGGCCGCUGCCAGCGCGCAACACACCCGCAUGCAAGCAGCACGCUCACACGGCGCAGACACGCAAGUCGCACACACAUCUGACGCACAAGAGCGGCUCGCCGCCGCCGCCGCCGCCGCAGCCUCAGCAGCAGCACGCGACACACAGCGACCAUCAGUCAGGCUGCACCGUCUACUGCUACUUCUGCUACUGCUGUUACUGCUGUUGCCUCACGUUGCUUUCUUUCUCUCUCCUCCUCCUCCUGUCUCCACCUACCAACACUCCUCCCUCUGACUCCUUCUCCUCUUCGUCCUCACACGCCACCGCCCCUCCCCCCUCCUCCUCCUCCUCCUCCUCCAUCCCGCAACCAUCCACUUCCUGUUUGGACAAACUCUCCUGUGUCCAUCCUGACGUCAACCUGUCCUCUCCCUGCUACCCCGUGCCUCCCUGUGUUCUCUCUGAUGACUCUUUCUUCUUCAUCUCCUCUCCUGACCUCUUUACCUCCGACCAACCUACCUCCACCCGCCACGGCUCCUCCUCUGUAUCUACUCUUUCCACCCCUGGCUCUUCUGACCCCCCUCAUCGACCUGUCCUCUGCCGGCCGUGGCCCUCUUCACGCUCUCUUUCCUCCCUGCUCCUCUGUCCUCCCAGCUUUGGGGACCCGGUCUUGUCCUAUGCCUCCACUCUGGAGCACAUCCCCUCCGGGCCGGCCCGGCCGCGGACGCUGCUGCGCCAGCAGAGCCUCCAGCAGCCGCUCGUCCACCCGUCGGGCCCCGGACUCGGCCACCCCCCCACCACGUCCCAGAGCCUGGGACAGUUGCACACGGCGCCCGGACAGCCCGGGGGAGGCGGGGGUGCCGGGAGAGGAGAGGGAGGCGGCAACAGUGGUGAGGGUGGGGGCGCAGGUACGCGCGGCGGCCCCCGGAGCGCACGGGGAAGCCCCGCAGGAGGAGGGGCCUCUCGCUAUAGGGGAGGUGGAGCAGGAGGCCGCUCACGUGCCAAUCCUGGCAGCUGGGAUUACAUGAUGGACCAGAUCCGGGGUCGAGGCCUGGAUGUCAAGUCCUUUCUGGGUAACAAGCCAGCUAACAGCCCCAAGGGCCAACCCCCAGAUGCCGACGGCCACUCCUCCGUCACCGACCUGGCCAACUCUCUCACCGGAGACAUGGUGAUGCUGUCUCCGGGCUCGGAGGACGACGACGGCGAGGGGCCUAUCAGUGAAAAGCUGGGCCGGAUCCAGUUCAGUAUAGGCUACAGCUUCCAGAACACGACCCUCACCGUGAAGGUUCUCAGGGGCCAGGACCUCCCAGCCAAGGACUUUUCCGGCACCUCGGACCCUUUUGUCAAAAUUUACCUGCUUCCCGACAAAAAGCACAAGCUGGAGACCAAGGUUAAGAGGAAGAACCUGAACCCGCACUGGAACGAAACCUUCCUGUUUGAGGGCUUCCCUUACGAGAAGGUGAGAGAGCGCACCCUCUACCUUCAGGUGUUGGACUACGACCGCUUCAGCAGGAAUGACCCCAUCGGAGAGGUGUCAAUCCCCCUGAACAAGGUGGAGCUGGGCCAGAUAAAGACCUUCUGGAAGGAGCUCAAGCCCUGCAGUGAUGGCAGCGGGAGACGAGGGGACCUGCUGGUGUCCCUCUGCUAUAAUCCCACUGCCAACACCAUCACUGUGAACAUCAUCAAAGCACGCAAUCUCAAAGCCAUGGAUAUCGGGGGCACCUCAGAUCCCUACGUGAAGGUGUGGCUGAUGCACAAGGACAAGCGCGUGGAGAAGAAGAAGACGGUGACGAUGAAGCGCUGUCUGAACCCCGUCUUCAACGAGUCCUUCCCCUUCGAUGUGCCCGCCCACGUGCUGAGGGAGACCACCAUCAUCAUCACCGUCAUGGACAAAGACAGACUCAGCCGCAACGACGUCAUCGGCAAGAUCUACCUAUCGUGGAAGAGUGGACCAGCGGAGGUAAAGCACUGGAAGGACAUGCUCGCUCGGCCACGCACUAACGUCGCCCAGUGGCACGCUCUGAAGGCCUGAUCGCACCACCCAGCUUCCUCCAUGGCCCGUUCCGUAUCCUCCUCCCCCCCUCCUGCUCCCGCGCCUCCUCCCCCUCCCGUCCUUAUGCACAAGACUGACUUGCUGCCAGGCUGCGAAACACGGGUACAAUUAGCCAUCUGCUCUCUUAAACCUUUAAACUCUUUUCUCCUUUUCCUUUCAAGAUCUCAAAUCCUCUCCGAUUUCUUUUUUUUUUUUUUUUCCCCUCUUCUGUUCCCUCCUCUCAUGCAGCGUGUCUUGAGCUCUGUCUCGCCGCGUUGCCAAUGGCUCCCCUGUUUCUGACUGUCCGUUUGUCUGUCUGUCCUUAUGCACUUUGCCUGUGGAGGUCUGGUAAUCAGCCCCAACAUCGAUUCUUUAGUUUUGUACGACACUGCGGCGCCCGAUCCACUCCAGGUGCCCAGUCUUGUGGUAUCACAGAAAAAAACCAUCCGUGACGACCUGAACUCAUUUACUCCCACUGUAUGAUUACUCCAGGUACACGAGACUAGACUGUAUGUACUGUAUGUACAUAUACAUAUUGAUAUAUUAGGCAUUUAGAUUGGCAGAACUCCCCGUAUACACUCGAUUAGUAUAUGUACCUUCUCCAUUGCCUGUCUGUCUGCUUCUCACCCCUCCAGUUUGUCUCCCCGUCCUUGUCAUUUGUCUCAAGUGUGCAAUAUUCUCGUCCUCGUUUUCUGUCUUUUGUCCUUUUUUACUCAAAAGAGGUUUAAUGUUCAGCUCAAGUUGUCGAAAGCAAUCAAUACUUGUUUGUGAUGAAACCAGCUGAGCUCAAGAUAGAAUUAUUGAUACAGCUGUUUUCUCCCUGCUCUUUUUUUCUUCUCUUUGCUCUUCUUCUUCCUUUUUUUUUUUUUUUUUUCCCUUCUUCCCCCCUCCUCUUCUCUUCCGCUGGCACAAUGUGAGUGAAUUAACCCUCUUCCUUCUUUUUCUGGGUCUCUCCUUCUUGUCAUCUGUGUGCUGUGGGUGCUGUGCUGUAGCUCCAACAAAAAAAAAAAAAAAUAGAGAUUUAAAGGAAAAAAAAAAAAAAAAA